AUGUACGUGGUUCACCAUUUCUUACUGGUAUUCCUUGUAGGAACUCAAUGGACUACAUUUACAAAUGGCUUAAUAAUAAACGUAACAAAAAUAUCAUUUAAACCGACUUCGAUUGCUGUAGACAAUAUAACAGGGAAUGUAUACGCGGCAGGAUCUUUUUAUUUAGCUCGUCUGAACUCCAAUUUAAAGCAACUCAAUCAGAUUAAAAUUUGUAAAACUUGUAAAAGUAGAAUCUUAGAAAUAGAUUAUAGAACUCGUAAACUCCUAGUUUGUGGAGUUUCAGACAAGGGAUCGUGUACAUACCAUAAUUUAAACAAUAUAUCAAAUUUUACUAUGUUAACUUCUCAAAAUAACAAGGGUGAUAGUGUUGGUUCAAAUGGAAGUGUUGUGGCACUAUUUUUACCCCCAUCACAAAGAAAGCAUAGCGAGCUUGUCAUGGGAAUAUCUCAACCACUUGAAAAUCAGAUCGACCUUCUGUCCUUCAGAAAGAUUGCUUCUGGACAUUUAACUUAUUUGCCAUCUGGAUCCCAUGGAAAGCUUCGGAUUUCGGACGAGUUUAGAAAAGACGUUAAAGUGCAUUUUGUAUACGGAUUCCAAUUUAAAGAUGGAUUGUACUUCCUCGUUAAUAAAAGGGGUAAAAAUGGUACUUCAAGUUGGCUGUUUCGUAUUUGGUAUAACGAGACAUCUGUUUAUCCAUUCACUGCUAUCCCUAUCUCAUGUACAGAGAAAAGAUCAGAAGGCAAUAUUAAAACACCUGAAAAAAAGUAUAAUUUGGCAAUCGCAGGGAAAUUGUACGAGCAUCCUUCACAUGAAAGCCUUGUUGUUAGUUUUGGUUACAAUAGAGACAAGGGAACUCAUAUCCCCGAUGAAAAGUUCGGAUCGAGUGUAUGUAUGUUCAGAAUGGAGGAAAUUACAAAAGACAUGAACAUUGUUUCAUCAAAAUGUGGACUCGAAACCUUUGUUACUGCAUCUGGAUGGAUCAUAGGACACGGAACAGUUGGUUAUAAUGAUAUGACUAACUCCUCAUGUAAGCCAGGCUACAAUAAUGCACUUGAAGGUAUUGAAGAAGGCAGAGAUUUCAAUCCAGUUAAGGUAGUAAAGAAUCAACUUAUAACAUCAGUUAUACCAUUUCCUGUUGAUGGUCGGUUACAUAUUAUAAUAUCAACAAACUAUGGUCAACUAUAUUACUACCACAGAACAAGGGAUGAAAAAUAUUGGUUUCAAAUUCCCAAUGAGAAGAAUAUAAGGGGAUUCCUAGCAGAUGUUGAAAUAAAUACAAAAACCAAGACAGCUUAUACAAUAACAGAGAACAAGGUCGUGAAGAUAUCAUUGGAUUAUUGUCAAAAAAACUUGAAUUGUAGUGCUUGUGUCCAGGAUAGCAAGUUUAUGUGUGUUUGGUUUAAGGGUCAAUGCUUUGCCACAGACAGAAAUACUGGAGGUUUAGAAAAUACAUGUUUACCAGAAAUAACUUCUGGGAAAGCAAGAGAGCUUACAGAUCUGUCAAAUUGUGUUCAGUACCAUGUAUUGUCAACAAUGCACUUUCAACCUUUAAAGAUAGUCUGUAAGACUGAAAGUGCGUCCAAAGAAGAAAAAUGUGCUGUAACAGUUAGUAUAAAUGAUACAGAGAGCAGUCCUUAUAUGAAAGGUUCGGUGAAUAGUGGUAAUAAUUCCAAGCUACAUUUCUAUUUCAAGUCUGCCAGUAUAACUAGUUUUAAUCCAGAACUUGGUCCAGAAUCUGGUGGUACCAACAUUACAGUAAUAGGAGAGAACCUUGAUUUAACUAAAAGAGUUGAUAUUAAAAUCAAAGAUUUAAGUUUGCAGUGUCAAAUAAGAAGUGGUGGUUUGGAUGUCAAUGUUGAAGGAACAAAUUUGAAUGUAAUAGCUAAUCCGAGGCUCGUUAUAACUUUAGAUAAUGGUGAGAUUGAAUCUGAGGCAGAGGAUUGUAUAGUAAGAUCUUCCACAACGAUGAUCUGUAAAACACCCAAGCUGACAUCAGUCGUUCCCGAUGACACAUUUAUCAGCGGUGAUAUUUACUUUAUAAUGGAUGGUGUCAGGGAACUUCGGGACUUUGCUAAAACUCAUCCUAAUUUAAGUCAGAUUAAAGUUAAUCCGGAUCCAGAAUUUUCAUCUGUUUCCAAGGACGGACUGGUGGAUAGCCUAGAAAAUGCUCUUAGCAUUAAGGGUACCAAUAUUAAAGAAUCUGAAGUUGAUAGUGAAGACAUUCAAGUUACUCUCACUAGCAAUGCCGGUACAAACAUCACAUGUCCUGUUAUCAAAUUGGGCGAGGAAGCAGUAUCAUGUAGACCAAAACUUACUUCAGCUGUCAAUGAGAUUCAACUUGUAGUUCGGGUGAAAGUGGGUAAUCGUUACUAUAAAGUUGGUAAUAUAUUUGUAAAUGCGAAAGGUAAAAUACCACCGGGAGUACCAGAUUUAACUCAAAACACGAAACAGUAUGCUAUAAUAGUUGGAGUGGUAUCUGCUGUGGUAGUCUGUAUCAUUCUUAUAAUACUAGUUAUUCCUGUUUUAUAUAAUAAAUUUCUACAGAACUUUAAUGUACCACAAAACCAAGGUUUCAACUUCUUAAUGAGGAACACGUAA